UCAUGUUAUCGCUCCAACUGUCAAAUAAACAAGGAACGGCGAACAUGGCUUAUGUAUACAAACAUUUUUUUCACCUCUGAACAAACAGUAGUUUCGGUAGUUUUGAUGUAGCGAUUCGGUUGGGAGAUAGUUCUGGCCAUGAAUAAUCCAAUAGUGAAUGAAACAUGCAAGUGGCUGGUGAAGGACCGAGUUGUCCGCGUCCUGCUGGUGGUCGUGGCGAUUUUCACAGUGCUGACGGCCACUUACAUCAGCAUAUUGUUGGGCAUUUUUAUGUUGUUUUCGUUCACUUUUGGAUGUGUGGUGUGUACAGUGCUCUUGACGCAUAAGGAAACGGUGGGCCAACUAUUCGAGCUUUUGAGGGAUACUUGCGGAUAUUCAAAUUGUACUGAAGUGACUUUAACAAAAUGUGAUACUUGUGAUGAUAUAGAAUGUCAACGGCACAAAACUCCUGAAAUACCCCGGGAACCAUGGAAGGGUUUAUUGCUGGAGCGAGAUUUAGAUGAGGCUGUAGAAAGUUUUUACUCGAGAAUACUCAAUAGUUUCGUGAAAAGCUGGUUUUCAGUACUUUCGCAGGAUGAGGACUUCGUGCACACCCUGAAGCUAGGCCUACGUGAGGCUACCUGUCAUUUAAUCAAACGAAUGAAAACCAUCGAUGCUGCUAAGGUCAUAACAAACAGAAUGCUGCCUAUUGCAUUCGAGCACAUUGAAGUUGUCAAGGACAUGCUGAAGAAUGGAACACCAAUGGACAAGUUACCAAGCGGUUUCUUGCAGCACGACAGGCCUGUUCACCCGGCCGUUUGGAAUCGUCAAGCCGAGCUUGACUACUUGCGGGCCGUAGCCAAAUGUCUGAUUCCGCGUAUAUUUCAUAAUGAAAAGUUCGAUAGUAAGAUAUUUUUCAGCCUCGUGAGGGAAUUAUUGGCCUGUUGGGUACUUUUACCGCUUCUGGAUGUGAUAUCGGAUCCGAAUUUAAUAAAUCUAAUGAUAGUUACGGCGACAAAUAAGGGAAGUACGUUGAAGCGGGCAAAGGGCUCGGGCAUACAAGUGGAGUUUCUGAAGAAUUUCGUUAAUAUCUCUGACGACUGUAAAAUUUCAAAGGACGAUCUGUAUUUGACAGAUCCCAACCAACUUUUCUACUUCAUGCAAUUCAUGAAGAAGCAAGGAGCUGUUGAUGUACUUAGAUUUUAUUUAGAUGUUGAUAAUCUAAAUAAAGAACUGCAAGACUCACGAGUAACUACUGACCCGGCCAAACUUUCUACACUACAUAAACAAUCAAUUAAGCUUCUACAUGACUACCAGGAUUUGGUACCAGACCAAGACUCCACAGAGGCUACUACGCUGGUAGAAGCUCAUGAUCGUGUCCGAGCCUGCUUAGAUGGAAAAUGGCGAAAAGCAUUCCAUAAAACUCCAGAUUAUUUUAAAUUAAUUUAUUCUAGUAAGGAAAUAAAAUCGGUCGAUGAAUUUAGAAGUACAGACCAAAUAGGACCCGUAUCUCGCUUGGGUUCCAAAAUCAAAGAUGUGAUAAAAGGUGCAAUCGAUGGAGCACCCCUGGAAGCAACAGAAGUGCCAACAGUGUGGGAUGCUCUUUCGGAUACACAGCUUGGGACCGUUAACCCUACGUUGUACGGUUCAGUUGCUCAAAAAUUGCGUAAGGAACGCGGUCAGAAUCUAGAUGCAUUUCUAAUCGAUUUUAUGCAGUCCAUAGAGCAAAGCACUGAUGUAGGCGAAGAUGUAGUCGAGAUUACCGAGGCCAAAACAAAGCCGCGUCCGCAUCCACCUGGUCGCAAUUUAGUGUUUGGCAAUCUUUUUGGGCUGGGUAAAUGCGCUCGCGGCUGCCAACCAAGCUCAGUGAUGCCCGUAGCUAGUGUCAAGGGUCCGUCUGAAUGUUUUUUGUAUAUAAUUUAUAAGCUUCUCCGUGCCCCGUCAAUUCUGGUUCGAUUAAUGUUCGCGCUUGUAUGCAUUUCUAAGAGGACAAUGGAUGCGCUCAUUUGUCAUCUUAUCAACAAACUCAUUAUGCUUGGCUUAUAUCAACCGAGGCUUGCUACGCUGAUACGCUUAUUGGAGAAUCAUCUAUUCGGGCCAAAAACUCCCGACGCUUCGUUCGAAGAACUAUUGAACCGACAGAAAUUGGCACGUGAACGAUUAGAGAAAUUGUGUCGUGGUGCUGGCGAAUUAUUGGAUACGUUACAGUCGCCAGCGUUAAAUAAACAUUUGAUGUAUUGUCUAUUCGAUGUUGUAUUGGGUGAAUUGUAUCCGGAAUUCGAGGAAUUUGAAACUUCGUGAAAUAAAGUGCAUUCGAGGU